AUGAAGGGCUGCUUUCAGAGCCUCUUACCCAAGAUCAAAAUUGGGUACCGACGUGCCGCACCAGCCGUCGAGCGCAGCCACAGCGACAAGGCAGAGCAGGAUGCUGUGCCGUCGCCGUCGUCCGACGUAACGCUCAGAGACCCGUUUGCCAGAGAUGUGUCAGACAGCGGCCUCUCCCUUUGUUGUGGGUCUUUUAAGCAGAACGAGAAACUGCCUGACGACGUCAACAUGCUUCCCACGUACUCUUCUGACGACAUGACUUAUGACGGCACUCUCAGCGAAAAGAUUUUCUUGACCGUUGCCUCUGUCAUAGACGGCCUGCACGACGACUUGCGCAAGCUCAGUCUCGAUAUCUGGGAGCAUCCCGAGGUUGGAUAUGAGGAGUAUCAUGCCCACGACACUCUCACGGCAUUCAUGGCCUGCCACGGCUUCUCCGUCACAACACACUGCCUCGGACUGGAGACCGCCUGGCGGGCUGAGUACACACACGGCAGCGGCGGGCGCGUCAUCGGGCUGCAGUCCGAGAUGGACGCACUGCUUGGGCUUGGGCACGCCUGCGGCCACAACCUCAUCGCAAUCUCCGGAGUGGCCAUCGCCCUGGCGCUAAAGGCCGCGCUCGAGGCGCACGACAUCGCUGGAAAAAUCGUCCUCCUCGGCACGCCCGCCGAGGAGCACGGCGGCGGCAAGAUCGCGCUACUCAAGCGUGGCGCGUACCAAGACAUGGACGUCUGUCUAAUGUGCCAUCCGGGCCCCGGCAGGCCGAACGGGACGACCGUCCAGCCGUGGACGGCGGUGCAGAACCUUGAGGUCGAGUACACGGGCCGCACCGCACACGCGGCAUACGCGCCGUGGGACGGCCGCAACGCGCUCGACGCCGCGGUACUUGCGUACAGCAGUGUCUCCGUGUUGCGCCAGCAAGUGAAACCGACACAUCGCAUACACGGCGUCAUCGAUGCGCAGCCAGACUGGGAGCCUAACGUCAUCCCGGGAAGCUCGAAGAUGCGCUGGGCCGUCCGUGCGCUGACGUGGACGGAGCUCGAGUCGCUCCGGGAUCGCGUCAUCGACUGCCUCGAGGCCGCGGGACGCGCGUCCGCGUGCACCGUCAAGAUUGGCGUCGGCGUGGGAUACAAGGAUUGUCGCGAGAACAGCGUGCUCGGUGCGUCACCGUCUCAGGGCCCUCUAGGGCCGCUUGCGGGGUUUAGCGGCAGGCUGACGCGUGUCCCGGACACAGCGGAGGAGUAUGUCCGCGUCGCGAGGACCUGGCAGGGCCGCCCGGCCGAGAUAUUGGACGAGACGCUGCAAGCGUCGACGGAUCUUGGCGACGUAUCCUACGUUGUACCAUGCCUCGAACCAGUGUACACCGUUCCGACUGAAGAAGGCGGCAGCAACCACACAGCCAAGUUCGCCGAGUCUGCGCGCACCCUCGAAGCCCAUGCAGCGACGCUCGCGACGUCCAAGUGCCUGGCUAUUACGGCACUACGCGUCCUCGUCGAUGCCGCGUUCUAUCAGAAGGUCCGUGACGCGUUCGAUGCCCAGCGGCGGCAGGAAGAUCGUACAGGAGAUAAGCAGAGGAAUUGA